AUGAGCAAACUAUUCCAUUAUGCAUUCGAUGCUGUAUUGAUAACAGCAUUAUUAGCUGGUAUUAAGAAAUCAACAGGCUUGCAGCCUGCAACUUCUAAAAUUGAGAAUAAAACAGUGCGAAAUUAUGUUGAAAAAUAUUUAAAUUUUGGAGAAUGGAUGUUUGACAUGGGAGCCGUAUACCUUAGUCACUCUAGUUUCUUUAUUAAAGACAACAACAACAAGAAGUAA